UUCAUCACCUUGAUUGUUUCGCAGUAUAAUAUGGCAUUAAAAAUUCUUUUAAGCAUUAAACUGUGGUUUUAGUCAGUGCCAUGAUAAGGCUGCCGGUUUUGUUUAUCGCAAGUUUAUCGUAUUCCCUUCUUACACCGAACCAGAAUACCAGAAACGAUGUUAACUGACCUAACGUCUUCUGACUAGGUUAGGUACUUGUAUUAUUGUGAUGUGAGUAGAUUUCCAUCAAAAUGGCUUUGUUGCAUAGUUUACAAAUUUCUGGCAUUAGAAAUUUCAGCCCAGACAGUCACCAAACAGUGUAUUUCAACACCCCUGUGGUUCUUUUCCAAGGACCUAAUGGGUCUGGCAAAACUACAAUUUUGGAAUCUAUCCAGUAUGCGCUAACUGAAAAAUUGCCAGCUGGUACCAAUAGUGGACAAUAUUUUCUUAAUGAACCAAAAAUGUCAAACAGAAAUUUAACUAAAGGAACUAUUGAGAUCAAGUUUUCAGAUGCAGAAGGGAACAUACUAACAGUUAAAAAAGUUAUGCAGGUCCAAAUGGAUAAUGAAGGUACACUCAGUUUUCACAAGCUUGGUACUUCCAUUGAUACCGGCAUAUCAGAUGUCCAGUAUACAAGUGCUGAUGCUAACAGUUUCUGCUGCAGUUCCAUCAAUCUCUCCAAAUCAAUAAUUAAUAACGUCCUCUUCUGCCACCAAGAAAACUCAUUGUGGCCUUUGGAUGGACGUAAAGAGCUUAAAGAAAAGUUUGAUGAAAUUUUUGAUGCUGUCAGAUAUAAUAAAUGUAUUAAUCACAUUCGCGAGAAAAUAAAAAAUCAACAAGGAACUAUAACAAUGUGCGAAAAGGAACUAGAAGGACGGCAGGAAAAGAAAGAAGCGGUGGACCAGAAACGUGCCAAACUCGAGGAUAAAGUGGUUAAAUUAAAUCAAAUUCAAAAUAGCAUAGAAGAGAAGAUUAACGAGAUGAAACCUUUAGAUGAAAGAAUGAAAAAAAUUUUGGAACUGGAGGAAUUGCUGGGCACACUCCAAAGAAAACUUACUGGAAAAGAUGAAGAAAAGAAAGGUCUGGUAAACCAGCAGAAGUUGUUGCUCAAAGACAUAUCGUAUGUAUUUGAAGGAACCGAUGAAGAACUUCAAUCAAAAAUAACGUCUUUUAAAGACGAGCAAUCGUCUGAGGAGAAUGCCAUCAAAAAGUUGGAAAUGAGCAUUCAAAGUCUCUAUGGGGACAUAGAUGUCGCAAACCACAAUAUAGAAAAGAAACAAGUUCAAAUAGGUCAGAUGAACGAGGAGCAAAACCAGUACAACAAAAGGAAAGAAGAGAGUAACAAGCUUAUAGACAACUUACGGACGGAACUAAAUCUAGUAGAAAAUUUCGAAGACCAAGAAUCGUUAUUAAGAGAGCUUAGUAAUGCUUUAAAAAUGUUCCAAAGUGGAUUCAAUGAACUAAAAAAGGAAAAAGACGCCGAAGAAAACGAGCUACAGUCGCAAAUAGAUACUCUAAGAGAGAAAAACGCGAAAACCGAACAAAUCAUCGCUUCGAAAAAUGGUUUCAUCAAAGAAAAUGAGGCCAAAUCGAAGGAAAUUCAAUGCAAACUAGAAGAAUUGGAUACAUCCGACUCACAGAUGAGGAAUAUAACUGGAAAGAUUGAGUCUCUUCAAUCAGAUAUCUCUAAAAUAAAAAAUUCUUUCGACGAGAACAAAAAGAUGCGAGAAAUUCAGGAUUUAAAAAAUCAAAUCGAGAGCAAGGAGCAGUACCUUGAAAAAUUAGAGCAAGAAAAUCGAAUUUUGCAAAGGAACUACGCGACUGAGCAAAGUAUAGAAACUCAACGUAAUAUGAUACAGCAAAAACAAGAUCAGAUCAAUAGGAUCAAAACCAAACAUUCUAGUCAUUUCGUGAAACUUUUCAGUGAUGCCUUGCCAGAGAUAAACUUAAAACAAUCUGUAUUGAACAUUCAAAAUACGCAAGAGGUCGAAUUAAAGAAAACCACUACUUCAAUCAAUAGUUUGGAGAAACAAAUAGCAACUUUAGAAACUACGUUGAAGCAUUCCAAAGAUCAACUCAAAAUACGUCAGCAAGAUUUAUCAACGAAGCAACAAAAAGUGGCAGAAUUGUGUAAAGGACGAGACUUCUAUACCGUCUUGGUUGAAACUUAUGAAAAGAAGGAGAAGCUUCAAAAAGACAAAGGACAUUACAGGGCCGAAGAAAUAAUGUACAAAGCCUUUAUCGAUAAAUUCGAAGAAAAGAACUGUUGCCCAGUUUGCAAGACGGACUUCAAAGACAAUCGAACCGCCAUUCCAGAAAUAAUUCGCGAACUCAAAAGAAAGAUCGAUCAGAUUCCAUCUGCAUUGGUGAAAGUCGAAAGCGAGUUGAAGAAAGAAGAAGCUUUUUAUAAUAAGCUCCAACAGUUGAAAACGAUCAAUGAUGCCAUACAAAAUUUGACCGAAGAGAUUCCAGAGUUCGAGAAGAAAAUUGGUACACUCGACGAGGAAUUUAUAGAACAGUCCAUGAGCUUAACAGAUCUUAAACAACAACAAGAACAACCACAACGUAUAAUUGAAAUCUGCAAAACUAUUAUAACGGACGCUACGUUAUUCGAUCAGUACAAUACCGACAUCCGCAGUGCCAAUGCUACUAUACAAGUCUUGGAAGAAAGUAUCGAGCGGGUGCCAUCGAAUCGAUCCAGGAUGGAAACCGAAAGCGAGAUCAACGCGGUAAAAGGCCAACUUAGUACUGCCAAAAACGGAUAUGAAACCAACAAGAAUAUGUUAGAAUCGCAUAAGGAGAGAAUCCAAGAACUGAACAAGAAAAUUCAAAACGAAGUCCAAAGACAACUUGACAUUCAAAAGCUAGUCCAGGAGAAACCUCUUCUAGAAACACAAUAUACAGAUAUUAAUAAAAAAUUGGUCGUAUUAAAAAUAGAAGUCGAAGAGUUGAAAGUAAAUAUAUCUUCUCAGAAGCAAGAGCUAAAAGAAGCUAUAGAGGCUAAAACAAAGGCAACCAUAACGAAUAAUCAAAUAAAAGAAGCAGCUAGGAACAAGCUCAAUUUACAUCAGAAUGGUUUAAGCGACAUACAUAAACUACUCAAGAGUAUUCGCGAAUACGAAAUAAAUCAGAAUAAAGAUAAAUUGAAGAAGGCUCUAGAAGAAUUAGCGGAGCUGAAAGUUUAUUUGGAAACCCACAAAAAGAUUAUGACUAUAAGUUUAGAAUCCGUCUCUAAAAAGAAAGAAUCGCUCGCAAAAAGACCUAGUGAGUUUAGAGCACUAACAGACAACGUGACACUGAGGGAAUUACAAAAUAAACAAACCAAAGUCGAGGCAGAAAUUGGAGAACUAAGACAAAAAAUUGAAGAGGCCAAUUAUCAACAAGUUUAUGAAGAGAGACAAAGAAAGGCCGAUGAAAUCAAUAAAAAGCAAAGGGAGAUAGAUAGCCUUCUCGGCCAGCAGGAAGAAGUACAGGCUCAAAUUGACGAGUUGACGGAUGAAUUAAACAAAGAUGACAACAGGAAUGCGCACAAUCUUUACAAAAUAGCUUAUUAUGAUCUAACGCUUAACAAGCUAGUCAAGGAAGAUUUAACUAAGUACGUCAAAAGGUUAGAGAAAUCGUUACUGAAAUUCCACGAAGAGAGAAUGGUUCAAAUUAAUACUUCCAUUAGAAAAUUGUGGAGAACCAUAUAUCGAGGUAACGACAUUGACUACAUUGAAAUCAAAACGUUGGAUGAUAGUCGGCCGACACGAAGUACGGAUGACACUCUAGCAGCUGGUAAACGUCGGUCGUACGACUAUGAAGUUGUACAAGUGAAAAAUGGUAUAAAGCUUGACAUGCGUGGUAGAUGUAGUGCUGGACAAAAGGUACUAGCAUGUCUGGUGGUUCGUAUGGCGCUGGCUGAAACGUUUAGCUCGCAUUGUGGCAUUUUGGCUUUGGACGAACCCACGACGAACUUGGACAAAGAAAACAUUUCUAGUUUGAGCGAUGCUUUGUCAGAACUGAUCACCAGCAGAGAGAAUCAAACCAAUUUCCAGCUUCUUAUCAUUACCCACGAUGAGGAAUUUUUGCGCAGCAUAACGCAAAUGCAGAGUCUUGACAGCUACUGGCAGAUCAAGAGAAACCAUGAAGGCUCUUCUACCGUUGAAAAAGUGAUAUUGUAUUGAUCUAUUUAUAUGUAUAUUUAUAUGGUAGGGGAGCCCAAGCGGGGAUUUUUGCAGUUACUCGAGCGCGUCAGAUUAUUACAUGGGGAGAAACCUUGUACCCUGAAAAUGUACCUCUGCUAUAUAUUGGCUCUUAAUGCAGGGGAGUUCGUUAAGGGGGGGCGAAAAUAAAAUAUAUCCUUAGAAAAACUCGAAAUCGUCAGAUUAAGAUAAGGUAAGUUAAGUACAUGCAAAGCAGUGUAUAUUUCAAAAAUCUGACGAUUUGAGCGGGGCGUAAGGAAAUGGGUGAGUCCCAAAGUUUCACAAGAAAAAAGCGAAUAUUUCGCGAAAUGAAUGACAGAUCGAAAAACUAAAAAAUACGUACUCAAUAUUUUUCAAAAAUCUAUCGAAUGAUACCAAACACGACUUCCCACAGAGAGGCGUGGGGAGUAAAUUUAAUAUUUUAAAUAAAUCCCGCGAUAUUUCGCGAAAUGAUCAGAUCUACAAACUGAAAAAUACACUUAUUCAAUAUUUUUGAAAAAUCUAUCGAAUGGCACCAAACACGACCCCCCACGGAGCUGGGGUGGGGGGUUACUUUAAAAUCUUAAAUGGGAGCCCCUCUUUUUUACUGCAGAUUUGGAUUCCUUUCGUAAAAAUAAGUAAUUUUUAUUCGAGACAUUCUUUCGAAUUAUGGAGGGAUGGCGCUAUAAUCUAAAAAAACGAUUGUUGGAAAUGGAAAAUUAAAUUAAAAAUGGAAAGUGCCCACUAAACUGGAAAACUGUACGUAACUUUUUUUUGGUUUUGGGACCUAUUCUUCACAACCCAAUAGGUCCCCAAAGCGCUCGAGUGACUGCACAUUUAGUAUACUUUGCUCUCCUACCAAUAUGACCUGUUUUGGUAGGGGAGCCCAAGUGGGGAUUUUUUCAAUAACUCGAGCGCGUCAGAUUAUCAUAUGGGGAGAAAACUGGUACCCUGUAGAUCAGGGGUGGGAAAAAGGCGUACCGCGGGCCGGAUCCGGUCCUUUUGCUUACUUUAUCCGGCCCGUUGAAGAAUCCCGCAAGCUUUUUCUAAGAGCAUAGGCGCAAUGCUUUUUAUAUGUAUUAAUUUUUUUCGAAUCCUGAGAAAAUUAUACUGCCGAGAGCCGAAAGUCCCUGAAAACUUCUACAAUACUUAUUUUAGUAAGUCGCAGGGGUGAACAAAAAAGAAAAAAAAUUAGUGUGAUUUUUAAUUUCAAAUAUCUCAUUCCAAAGAAACUUUUUUGUUUAUUCUAAGGGACUUUUGGCCCUCGGUAAUAAUGUAAUCUUUCAUUCUGCGUUUAAAUUUUUCAAAAAUAUUUAUUAGUUUUCUCACGAUUAGAAAAAAAAGGAAUGCAUUUAAAAAGCAUUGUUCCGAAAUUUUGCGCCAAUGCUCUUAAUCUCUUUUAUGCGAUUUUAUUGAAAUCAACAGUAUUAGUGUUUGUAGUGUUCAUAUAAAUAAUGAAUCUCUAUCUUCUACUUUUCUUAAAAGCGUCUGUGUGUUUAACCCGGUUCAGGCGCGAAUAUUUUUCGGUCAGGGUAUUUGUCGUCUACCAGGACCCUUUUCCUUCGAUUUUACCCUUCAUAAUCAGCUGCUGCAACAACUUACAAGAACGUACUUAUCAUUUAUUAGUUUAGUAUUUGCCCUUUCUCCUUGCUGUCCUUCUCACUUUAAUGAUGGUCAAAGUUCUCUGUUCCUUUUCCAUUCUGUGCAACACCAUUUUAUUCGUAAUAUGAUCGGUCCAUGGCAUUUUCAAAAUUCUUCUAAAAAGCCACAUCUCAAAAGCUUCCAGCUUUCUCACAAGUCAGCAUUAACAAUCCAAUAAAGAAGAAUAGAGUGGACAUAACAUUUUUUUAUUAUAAUACCGGUUUUUUAUAGGGUUCUCCGCCAUCCUGUUCCCAGUUUCCAGCUUCGUCCGUCGUUGCAUUCGCCAGGGUGAACGUUCCUUUCCGACAUUGUCUUCUGAAUGCCACCCAGCCAGGAUUGUUUCGGCUUUCCUCUCUUCCUUCUUUCCUUGGCGUUCAUUUUAAAAUUUGUUUUGGCAUCCUGUCGUCGUCCAUUUUUUCUACAUGACCAUACUAGAUCAGUUGACACCUUUGAAUUUCGACUAUGAUGGUUAACUUGACCUAACAUUUUACCAUCCGAUAUCAGAUUUGCAUAUUGAAUCUUUGGUUGCUCAGAAAUUUCCUCAUCUUCAAAAAGGCUGCUCUUGAAUUUCUGAAUUUCUUUUUUUAUCUGGAUCCCUGUUAUGGCUUAAUAUAAUGGACCAUAUUAAAAAUUUCGUAGUUCUACUGAGAACAAAUUGUUCGCAUGUACACACAAGUAAGACAAUUGAUUAUUACUAUUAUUUAUUAACAGUCAAAUGUAUUUGUCCAAAUGCUAUAAAAUGAUAAAAAGAGUAUUUAUGUCAAAAAACUUUCUUGGACGGAGAAAAACCUCAACCAAAAACAUUAGCGUGUGCGCAGCGUACAUACUGGAUAUAGGUCUCCGGCUCGGAAGAUAUUUGGAAAAUUUCAUUUUGGCCCGCGCUUAAAAGUAUUUGCCCACCCCUGCUGUAGAUGUACCUCUACCAUAUAUUGGCUCUAAACACAGGGGAGUUCGUUAAGGGGGCCGAAAAAAAAAUCUAUCCUCAGAAAAACUCGAAAUCGUUAGAUUAAGAUAAGGUAAGUACAUGCAAAACAGUGUAUAUUUCAAAAAUCUGACGAUUUGGGCAGGGCGUAAGGAGAUGGGUGAGUCACAAAGUUUCACAAGAAAAAAGCGAAUAUUUCGCGAAAUGAACGAUAGACCUAAAAACUAAAAAAAUACUUGCUCAAUAUUUUUCAAAAUCUAUCGCACGAUACCAAACACGACUCCCCACGGUGAGGGGUGCGGAGUAAAUUUAAAAUUUUAAAUACGAAUCCCGCGAUAUUUCGCGAAAUAAACAUCAGAUCGAAAAACUGAAAAAUACACUUAUUCAAUAUGUUUGAAAAAUCUAUCUAAUGGCGCCAAACACGAGCCCCCACGGAGGUGGGGUUGGGGAUUACUUUAAAAUUUUAAAUAGGAGCCCCCAUUUUUUAUUACAGAUUAGGAUUCCCUACGUAAAAAUAAGAAACGUUUAUUUGAAAAAUUUUAAAAAGCGAUUGUUGGAAAUGGAAAAUUAAAUUAAAAAUGGAAAGUCACCACUAAAAUGAAAAACUUUACUUUUUUUAAUUUUUUUUUGGUUUUAGAACGUUCUCUUCACAACCCAAUAGGUCCCCAAAGCGCUCGAGUGACUGCACAUUUAGCAUACUUUCCUCCCCUACUAUUUCUUCAUUUCCUUAAAAUCCAAUAAAUACUGCCAAAUAUCGAGGUCCACCCCGUAUAGUUGUAAGUAGUGAAAUAUUUAACUUUUGUCCAUAUCUAAUACAUAUUAAUAAAUUUACAGUUUUCUCCUGAAGAAGUCACCAAAUAGUGACGAAAUAUUGAGACUUGGAACAAAUAGUUUUCUUUCCUCUGACCGAAUCGCCGUUAUUCAAAAAUUACUAUUUAACACAGUACGGACUAAAAUAUUUGAACAAAUAUGUAAGGAGGAUCACUCAUAUCUGGUGGAUUUUGCGGUCAAUGGGUGGAGAAAAUAAGACAAAGACUACGUGUACUUUAUCUUAUUUAUUGAAGACGUUUCGUGUAGUGAUCAGUAAACACCAUGAGUUCAUCUACAAAUGAGUGUUAUAAGAACGUCAUCCAAAGAGAGGUAAAAAACCAACUAAUAUUACCAAGACAUGUAGCUUGAAUAAGAUGUAUAAGUAAAAAAUAGCUUAUUCAAUGAACCAUUGAAACUCGUAAAUAGUAAAAAAGCAUUUAAGUGUACAGUUAACAAUUAAAUUAUUUUUAUAUUAACAGUUGGUUUAUGAUGUCAAAAAAAACCAAGACGAGAUCCAAGAACUCAAACUUCCAAAUGUUGAUAGUAUUGCAUUAGUUUUAUUUUAACUUUAGGUAACAUCAUUAAAAACAAUUAGUCUGGUCUGCUAUAAUAAAGUGAAAGGUAAAUUUGUUACCAACAGGUCCGAAGCCAACGAAACAGGUUGAAAUAGAACGAAACCAGAACCUACGAUGAGCUGUAUCACAUUGUAAAUUUUCAUUUAUAAUUACAUAUAUUAUAAUUGUAAUAAAUAACUUAUUAAGAUUC